AUGCGUGGAAUUCACUUUUUCCUCCUGGCGCUGGCAAGUUACAGCGCGAUUGCAAGCGCUGAUCAAACCGUCGAGACUUCAAGCUUGGUGAAUCAAUCGCCUUACGAACGCGUAAACGAAGGCCACCGCUAUCUUAAAGAAAGUACUGAGCUGGGUGGCAAGGGCGAAGAGAGGGCGAUCACGACUUCCCAGCUUGGCCAAUUUUCGGCUUUAUUCAAGACCCCAAAGUUCGCAAACCUUCCGUUGAUUAAGCAGCUUAACACCGUCCGUCUCAAACUCGGUAACAAGGCAGGCAAGGCGUUUUUGGCUUUUGUGAAAAAGCGCAGCAAUGGUAACAUGAACAACUUUUAUGUAGACAGUAGGGUUUGUGAGGGAAACAAAACGAGGAGGAAACGCAACAUUCGAUUCGACUUUUGUUUAAGUGCCCACGCCUUAUCCUGCAAUCAAUUUGUAAUAUUAGGGAGUUGA